CAGAGACUAAGCGGAGCUCAGCAACAUCUCUCUCUCGCUCUCUCUCUUAUCUCCCGGGGAAACCUGCUGCGCCCUGCGUUGUCCACACCAAGAUUAGAGGGAAGGACUGACGCUGGGAGGAUUCUAACACCACGGUCUCCAGGCGCUCAGCACGUAACCAAUAUUCACCCAGAGGCCACAGCACUAUCGUUGCCUUUUGACUGUAACACGAGUGUUGCACUAGUGUAUAAUAUAUACCCUUAUGUUAUACUAGGGAAAUUGGGUUUUCAUAGCUAGGGCUGACAGUGAAGACUGGUGAAAAGCAGAAUCACAACCUCUGCAUCAUCAAAACAGUUGCUUGGUGAGAAGGUGAGAAGUCCACAGAUAGUCAUUGUUAUGUAAACACCAGCUGAAAGUACCAGCGGCCUGGCUUUGUCCCCAAGUGAGAGCAGGUCCACCAGAGCCAUGGCCCAGUGAGACAUGGGUUCGGGCCCGCGUAGUUGGAAACAGAAAAGUCUGAACCUUUUGGGUAAAACACUGGGGCCGGUGGUGGCUGGCCCGCUCCAGGAGUCUGAGGUGCGGGAGGUUCCUCCGCCCCCUCUGGACAUCGAGGGGGCCCCGGCGUACUCUGUUCGUUCCAUACUGGAUUCGAGACGUCGGGCGAGGGGCCUUCAGUACCUCGUGGACUGGGAGGGGUAUGGUCCGGAGGAGAGAUGCUGGAUUCCGGUGGAGGACGUGUUGGAUCCUUCUAUGCUGCAAGAUUUCCAUCGUCUCCAUCCGGAUCGCCCUGCGCCUCACCCCCUGGGUCGUCCCCGAGGUCGGUGGCGACGCGCUGCUGGAGCCGCGCAUCAGGGGGGGGGUACUGUCACGACUUCCGCCGAAGUCGGUCCCUCUCCUUGUUCGGGUGGUGUUCGGCGGUCGACAUCACCGACCUUCUAGCCAUCACUGAUCCAUUUUUCAUUUUCCAUUGGUUUUGUCUUGUCUUCCUUCACACCUGGUUUCAAUCCCAUAAAUUACAUGCUGUGUAUUUAACCCUCUGUUUCCCCUCAUGUCCUUGUCGGAGAUUGUUAUAUUGUAUGUGAUUGUGCUAGUAUGUGUUGGUGUGCAACAUGUUCUGUACACACUUUUGUUAUUUUAUAUAUUUUGGUUUUGGAGUUUGGUCAGCACUUAUUAAAUGACUCCGUUUAUACCAAGUUCGAUCUCCUGCGCCUGACUUCCCUGCCACUGUAACAGUAUAACUUUAAACCGUCCCCUCGCCCCGACACGGGCGCGAACCAGGGACCCUCUGCACACAUCAACAACAGUCACCCACGAAGCGUCGUUACCCAUCGCUCCACAAAAGCUGCGGCCCUUGCAGAGCAAGGGGAACCACUACUUCUAGGUUUCAGAGCAAGUGACGUAACCAACUGAAAGGCUGCUAGC